AUGAUUACAUCAUCCAAGCUCUUUAGUAGCCAAUCAUAAUUGGAAUGUAUUAAAUUAACGUUUAUCUUUAGAAUGUUUAAUCGAUAUUUCUACCAAAAUUUUACAUGACUCUACAAUUGAAUCAAACAGGGAUUCCAAAAAUAUUAUCUUUAGUAGAAUCAAAGAAAUCACACUUGAGGCCUUCUCUAAAUAAUUUACAGAUGAAAUACAUCAUUUAUAAGCAAUCCUUAGAUCUGAAUAAGCUCUUAAUGAUUAAAUUAGAAGAGAAUUUUUAGAAAGAGAAUAAAGACUUUUAUAAGAUUUUGAUUCUAAACAAAGAGAAUUUUAAUUAUAACAAAUUAGAGAAAUCUAAAAUCUUCAAGAUUUACUUGAAGUUCAAUAAACAUAAUUUUAAGUAUCCAUUUUUUAUGAUUAAAUUAGAAAUAUCAAUUAUCUAUUGAUAAACUCAAUAAAUAAAUUAAAGACAUGUAAAACAAAGAACUAUAAUUAUAAAAUGAAAAUCUUAGGAUUAAAGAAAAUCUUUUACUUAUUGAUUAAAAAAAUUAAACCUUGUCUUCAGAUCAAAAUGAAUAUAGAUAAAAAAAUGAAUCUCUAAAUUUAUUAAAUCAAUAAUUAGAUAGAUAAAAUAGAGAUUUCAAAAUUGAAUUUGAAAAAGUUCUUAAAGAACUUUCAGAAUUGAAAAAAUAAUAAAAAUAAUAAAUUGAUUUGAAUGUUGAAUUAGAUUAAGAACUUGAAUUGUUAAAAAAUGAAAAUGAAAAACUUAAAAGUAAAAAAAUUUAAGAUUAAUAAAAAUCUAAGGACCAAUUAGAUCAAAUUAAAGAAAAAAACAAUAAUAAAAUAAAUGAUUUAAAAAAUAAAUUAAAUUAAGCUGAAAAUAUUCAACUACAUUAAUAAUAACAAUUAGAAGAAUUUUAAGAAUUAAUCAAGGAAUCUGAAAAUUAAUUAAAUUAAUUAUAAUUAAAUCAUAAAUAAUCUACUAAGUAACUAGAAUAAUAAUAUAAAACAUAAUUUUAGCAAAUAGAAAUUCAAUAUAUGAAAGAAAAAUAAAGUUUAGAAGACAAUUUAAAAACUUAAUUUGAAUUUAUACUGAUAAAUAAAGAUAAGAUUAUAUAAGAUUUAAACAAAGAAUUAAAAUAAUUCAAAGAUAAACUCUACUAAUAUAGUUUAGAAUUUGAUAGUUUAUAAAGAUAAUGUUAAUACUUUUAGUAAUAAGUUUAAUAAUAGUCUGAAGAAAUUUAAUAAUUAAAUUCACAUUCAGAAGAACUUGAGAAUUUAAAUAGAGAAUUAGACCUAGAUGUAUCAAAAAAAGAUUCAAAACUAAAGAAUUUAUUAACAGAACUUGAUGAUAUUAAGAAUUUUUCUGAAUAAACUUUAAAUACACUAAAGACAAAUUAAUACUAAUUCAAUGAAAUUGAAAAAGAAAAGUAGUAAUAUUAAAAAUUAUUAUAAUUAAUUUCUGAUGGAUUAGAAAUAGAAACUUAAGGAGGUUUUUCAUAUUAAAGAUUAGGCUAAAAAAUUGAAAUGAAAUUAAAGAAUUUAAAGGAUGAUUAUAGAAAAACUUAAGAUGAGCUACUAAAAAUCAAUUAAUAACAUGUCUUAGAAAUAUAACAAAAAGAAUAAAAGUUGAUGUUAUAAUAGGAUAAUUUUAAUGAUGAAAAUAACAAAAUAUAAAAACUAUUAUAAGAAUAAUAAUUGGAGAAUAGAAAAUAAAAAAAUGAAUUCAAAUAAAGGUUAGAUGAAUAAAAUAGGAUUAUAAUUGAAUUAUAAAAAGAUUAAAUUGAAAGUAAUAAGUAAUUAGAGUUUUUAUAAAUUUAAAAUUAAUAAUUAGCUCAAGAUUUGGAAAAAAAUAAUGAUUAAUUAAUAAUAGCAAAAUAAGAAUAUAAUGAUUUAUAGACUCGAGAAAGAUUCAAUUCUGAAGAUUCAAAAACAUUAAUAAAUUCAAUUAUUAAUGAAAAAAGCUAAUUGUAAUUACAAUUAGAAGAAGUACUUUUUAAGCAGAAAACAUGCAAAUAAAGAAUUUAUCGUGUUUUAAUUAGAUAAAGAGAAUAAAUGAAUAUACAAAUUUUUGAGAUGAAAAAUAUGCUUUUAAGUAAAUUAAAAUAAUUAGAAAGUGAAUGCAAAAUAAUAUUACAAAGUUUAUAUAAAUAGCAAUUGAUUAAUAGAGAUAAUAAAAUUAAAAUGAUUGAAGCAGAGAAAAAGUAUUAAAUUGAAUAAAUGAAUUAUGAUGUUUAAUAAAAAAUAGAUAAUAUGAGAAAGUAAUUUAAAUAAUCUGAACUUUUGAUUUAAGAAGAAGCUCAGAUUAAAUUAAGAUAGAAAUAAUAAUAAAUUGAGUAACUUGUUAUGUAAAAAACGAAUGAUUUCGAAUUAUAAAAUCAAAUUAAAGUGUUAAAUUAAGAGAAUGAAGAAUGUUAGAGAUAACUAUCAUUAUAAGAAUAAUUAUAAAUAGAACUUAAAUAAAAUUUUGAUUUAGAGUUAUUUAAUCUAAAUACACUAAUUAAAGAAUAAUAAGAGGAAUUGUAAAUAUUUAUAAUCAAUUUAGAUUAUCAUAAUAAUAGUUUUCAGAAUAUACAAUGAAUAGAGAAAGAUAAUAUUUUGAAUAAAGAUAUUUAGACCUAAAAUAAAGACAAGAUAAAUAAAUGGAAUAAAUUUAAUCAGAUUAUCAGCAAUAAAUAAAUCAAUUAGAAAAUAUUAUUUAAUUACCUUAAUAAUAAAAAUCUCCAUUAAGUGUAACUAACAAAUCUCCUUUUAAACAAUAACCUAACUUAACAAGUAUCAUCUAUAUAUAUUAUUUAGCAAAUAAACAAUUAAAUUAUUGUAGUCCUAUUAUCAGCACUGGAAUUAAGACCCCAAGUAAGAAAAUUUAACAGAUAGAUAGUACAGAUAAAACAAUUGGGGAUUUAAGAUAAGAAAUACAACAGUAAAAAGAAAAAUUAAGUAAAAUGAAAUUAUCCUUUACAGAAAGUUCGAAAAAAGCUUAUCGAAGACCUUGA